CUCAGUGACAUAACAACAGAAGAAGUUUUCAUUCGGUGAAGAUAACUUGUGGGAAAAUCAGGAGAGUGCAAAGACAAAAAUAUCGCCACGCGACAUCUCAAUAUAAAUAAUCAACAACAAAGCCAAUUUAAGCUUGGUUUGAAGUAGCAUUCAAUCGAAAGACUAAAAUAAGAAUAUUUACAACUCAUUGAUAAGAUUAAAGCAAUUACCAUAGCAAAAUAUCGUAAAAAGGUAGCUUAAGCUUCAGUCAAGUUCCUAACAUUGAGUUAUCAAGAUGAAGUUAUUAAUAUUGUUGGCCAUACUCGUGACAUCACAUGCGUCACCACAAUUUUACCAAAACCCAUUGGAUCCAAUGAUUGUUGGUGGUGAACCAGCAAAUAUUGCCGACUUCCCUCAUUCAUUGGCACUUUUAGAUCGUGGUCGUUACAUUUGUGGAGCUUCUAACAUUGGUCGAUUAUGGGCGAUGUCAGCUGCACAUUGUCUUGAUGCCAACACUGCACCAGCAUUGAUCAAUCUUUAUGGUGGAUCCACAAGCAGACUGACGGGAGGUCGUCUUUUCUUUGUUGACCAAUAUAUUUUACAUCCAAGUUACAGUCGCAUUACACUUGACAAUGAUAUUGCACUCAUUCAAGUUGGAAGUGGAACGCCACUUGAAGGUUUUCCUAAUGUAUCACCAAUUCCACUCCCUUCACUUUGUAAUUCUGCAUGUUGUGGCGUAUGUCCACCAGGCAAUGAUGUUUAUGUUGCAGGUUGGGGAAGAAUUGACGACGGUUCGUUACCCGAAAACUUGAUGCAAGUAUCGAAAGCUAUUUUGGGCAACACAGAAUGCAAUGCUGAAUGGAGACUUAUUCCAAUAACUUCAAGAAUGUUCUGCACAAUUAUUGAGGAUGGCCGUGACAGUUGCAAUGGAGACAGUGGCAGCGCAGUUGUACGCGAUGGCAUACAAGUUGGUGUUGUCAGUUUUGGUUCAAGUGUUUGCGGUGACGGUUCACGACCAGCUGUCUAUAUGAAGUUCCAAAUUUUACUUGCUGUUUUAGUGACUAUUCAAGUCUCUCACGCAUAUUCAGUUUCUUCAGUUAGUGAAGUUUUUACUGGUGUCUAUGCAGACCAAUUUAUUGUCGGUGGUACACCAGCAAAUAUUGCAGACUUCCCUCAUUCAUUGGCACUUUUAAAUCGUGGUUCUUACACUUGCGGAGCUUCAAUCAUCGGCCGAUUAUGGGCGAUGUCAGCAGCACAUUGUUUGCAUAACAACCCAGCAGCAUCUUUGAUCAAUCUUUAUGGUGGAUCUACAAGCAGAUUGUCAGGAGGUCAUCUUUUCUUUGUUGAUCGGUACUUGUUGCAUCCAGAUUAUCGCCGAACAACUUUAGACUUUGACGUUGCAGUUAUUCAAGUUGCUGCUGGCACACCAAUGGAAGGUUUCCCUAAUGUGCGUCCAAUUUCACUUCCUGCAAAUUGCAACAGCGCAUGUUGUGGCGUGUGUGUAGCAGGUCCAAAUGUUUUCCUCGCCGGAUGGGGAAGAGUUGAUGAUGGUUCAUUGCCAGUAAAUUUAAUGCAAGUUGACAAGGCUAUCAUGUCAAAUGCAGACUGCACAAGAUUCUGGAAUAACAUCACAACAAGAAUGUUCUGCACAAUCGUUGAAAAUGGACGUGACAGUUGCAAUGGUGACAGUGGCAGUGCAGUCAUUCGUAGUGGCGUACAAGUCGGUGUUGUCAGCUUUGGAUCAGCUGUUUGUGGUGAUGGAUCACGACCAGCAGUCUAUGUACGAGUUGAAGAACCAGCAUUCCGCAACUGGAAAAUGAAGAUUGUCUGCAGUUUCUUGUUGUUUGUGGCUGUUUUCCACCUUAGUCAAGGUGAAGAUGUAAAGUAUAGAGAAAGAGUUCUUGUCCGUACACCUUUCUUUAAACGCCAACGGGUUGAUUUCUCGGACAGAAUUGUUGGCGGUGUACCAGCUUUCAUUGAAGACUUUCCACAUCAUCUUGGAGUUUUGGAUCUUAGCUUUGGAGGCUACAUUUGUGGAGCCUCAAACAUCGCUCCACGCUUUGCACUUUCUGCCGCUCACUGCCUUGAAUUUAAUACGCCACCAACUUCUAUUAAUCUUUGGGGAGGUUCUACUAGCCGAUUAACUGGAGGACGAAUUUUUUUUGUUGAACAAUACGUUUUACAUCCACAAUAUAAUACUUUUUCGUUGGAUAACGAUGUCGCCAUAGUUAUUGUUGAAACAAAUUCGCUACUACAAGGAGUCCCUAAUGUCAGUCCAAUAGGGCUUCCAGCUAAUUGCAAUACAGCUUGUUGUGGAACAUGUGUGCAAGGGCCUGAUGUUACCGUCAUAGGUUGGGGUAUUUACAACGCCGCCAAUCAAUUGCCAGAAAUGCUACAACAAAUUCAGAAACCAAUAUUCAACCAAGCAGAAUGUGAUAGAAUUUGGGGUGGAAUAACAUCAAACAUGUUUUGCACUACCGUUGAAGACGGUAUUGACAGUUGCAAUGGUGACUCUGGCGGUGGAAUUAUUCGUAAUGGUUUAUGUGUUGGUGUUGUUAGUUUUGGUUCCGCGGUGUGUGGUGAUGGAUCAGCACCAGCUGUUUAUGCAAGAGUUGAAUCGCCAGUUAUUCGUAACUGGAUUCGAGUUGUAACUGGAAUUUAAUAAAAUGAUCGUAAAUGCUAUAAUUAGGACGUUUUAAUUAAAUUCUGAAAAAUUCAUUGUCGGCAACAAUCUUAUCGUAAUAAAAUUUAUCUGUGAAAACAAAUUUGGUUUUUCCACCAGAAGUAGCAAAAAUAAACUUUUACGAUGUUGUGACAGGUAGUCACAAAUCUUUAUUUAUGAAUCCACUCGAGUCAAGCAAAAAACGUUUUAUUUGAUGAAAGGCUUCUUAUAAUCUAAUCUUUGAAAAUUCUAUUCUAAUACAUACAUCUUUGAUUGCAAUGAAAAUUGAUUGAAUGCUUCUUUGAAUGACUUGAAAUUUUUACUAAGCGGGAUAAAAAAAUUAUCUCUUGGACGAAAUUAAAAAGAAACUUAAAGAUAAAAAAUUUCUUUAAUAAUAGUACGGA